AUGAGUGUAGAACGUACAAAAGAUAUUCAGAUAGACGAAGACAUUAAUUUCGAAGUACUGAUUUCAAAUCCAAAUAUAUUAAAAGGUUUAUCUAAAGCAGGUUAUGAACGUCCCUCGCCGAUACAAUUAAAGGCAAUUCCUCCAGGUAAACUUGGAUUAGAUGUUAUAGCUCAAGCCAAAUCAGGAACUGGAAAGACUAUAGUUUUUGGUAUUAUAGCAUUAGGAAUGCUAGAUUUGAAUAAUCCGAAACCGCAGGUAUUAAUUUUGGCACCUACUCGUGAAAUUGCUGUACAAACAAAAGAAGUUAUUUGUAAUAUUGGUCGUUAUAUGAAAAAUUUAAGCUGUCAUGUCUUUAUUGGAGGUUUACCUAUCAGUGAAGAUUUGCCAAAACUCAAGAAAUGCCAGAUUGUAAUCGGGUCUCCUGGACGAAUUGGUAUGCUUUUAAGUAACCAAAAUAUGUCGAAUAAAAAUGUGAAAUUAUUGGUUCUAGACGAAGCAGACAAGCUAAUGGAGAACAAUUUUUUUUCACAGAUAAAGAAAAUUAAUGAUAAACUUCCUGUUAAUAAACAAGUACUUGCAUUUUCUGCGACAUAUGACAAGCCUUUAUUAAAAGUGCUUGAUCAUUUUGUUCGAAAUCCGCAUCAUAUUAUGCUUACAGAUGAUACUCCUUGUCUUGAAGGAGUUUUGCAAUAUUAUCAGAUAGUUGAAUCCCCAGAAACAAACAAUAUUAUUGAAAAGUUCAAAAUUUAUGAAGAAAAGUUCAAAAACAUGGCGGAUAUUUUAGGAAGAGUUCCAUUUUAUCAAUGUAUUGUAUUUAUAAAUCAUCGUGGAAGGGCGGUCGAUUUAGCAAAUUAUUUGACAAGCCAAGGAUGGAUGGCACUAAAUAUAUCAGGUGGGUUGGAUCAACAAGCACGUCUUGAAACAAUGUCAAAAGCACGCAACUUCCAAAUUAGAGUCCUCGUUUGUAGCGAUUUGAUUGCUAGAGGUAUUGAUAUUGAAAGAGUGAAUUUGGUUGUGAAUUUGGAUAUGCCUAAAGAUGCUGAAACAUAUCUCCAUCGAGUGGGCAGAACAGGACGUUAUGGGACUCAUGGAUUGGCAAUAAGUUUGGUGGAUAUUAAUGAGAUGAAUUUUAUUGAAUCUUUGAAGGAAAAUCAUCAAGUUGAAAUCGAACCAUUUACUGAUAUGAUUUCGUUUAAACAUCACCAAAGACCGUUAUUGACCGAAACUGACAUAAAAGCAUAUGAUAAACUUUUGGAUGAAAGAGAUACAAUCAAGACUCAAAUGCUUGAGAUUCCUCCAGUUAUAUUCUCAUCCAAUGAUAAUUAUGAAAAGAAAGAAUCAAGUUCAAAUGAUAAAAUUAUUAGAAUGGAUGGUAAGAAAAAGAAUCAAAAAAAUAGAAAAAAUAAAACUUCAACGAAUGAUUAUUAUCCAGAAGGUAAUAAUGACACAUCAUGUGAUUAUUAUAAUAAUUAUCAAUAUUGGAAUUGGUAUAAUAAUUGGUACAAUUAUUAUAAUUAUGAAAAUUGGCAAUAUCAAUAUGAUUAUUAUAAUUAUUAUAAUAAUAAUAAUUGGAUGUAUAGGAUUAAAGAUUUUAUACCUCCAGAUCUUCCAUUUUAA